AUGCCCGCCGUCCGACCAAACGCCGCCGUGCGGGCCACACGCGCCCUGCAGCAAAAUCAAAAGACCACAACCAGACCCUUCUCGGCCACCCCGCGCGCUCCGGCCUCCCACGGUCCUCAAUACGAUCCCCCGACCGGUUGGUUGUUCGGCGUCAAGCCCGGCGAGAAGUACCAGAAAGAGGGAUGGGAGACGCCCUUCUUCUACGGAUUCUGUGGCAGCUUGGCUCUUGCUGCUGUCGCAUACGGCUUCAAGCCUGAUACCUCAAUACAAACGUGGGCUCUAGAAGAGGCGCGACGGAGAUUAGAAGCCGAGGGCAUCCUCGAGGACCCCGAGAAGAAGUGA